ACAACAAGGCAAGCCAAUCCAAAGCUUAGCUAAGCCAAGCCAGGGGUCCCUCCCUCCUCCUCCCCCCCCUCCCUACCUCUCUCUGGUCCCGACGACCCCUUCUCCCUUCUCGAACUCCAGCUGGCCACCCAGCUACCACCAAGCUACUGUCGCUCGCUCACCAAUCCUCCCGUCUUGCCCGACUACACGCCAGCGCCAUGGAUGGUUAGCUAGCUAGCUCUUGCGCUCUUGUGCAAUCCCUUCCUCUGGGACUUGUCGUCAUGGAGAGGCAGCGGGUGGUGGUGGUGGUGGAGGACGCCCCGGCGUCGCGCGCGGCGCUGCAGUGGGCCGUGCGCAACUUCAUCCGGGCCGGCGACUCCAUCGCGCUGCUGCACGUGUGCGCGCCGGCCCGCUCCAGGCGCCGCCGCCGGUGCCUCCGCCUCCAAGGCUUCCAGCUCGCGCUCGCCUUCAGGGACCUCUGCGACGGCGGCGUCGCGGAGGCCAUGGUGGAGAUCGUGGUGCGGGAGGGGGAACUCGCGCCGACGGUGGCCGCGGCCGUGGCGCAGCUCCGGGCCUCCACGCUCGUCGUCGGCCUCCACGACAAGAGCUUCCUCUACGGGUCGCCGAGCCCGUACGAGGGCGCGGGCGGGCUGGGGUGCCGGGUGCUGGCCGUCCGGCAGCACGCGACGGCGCGGCGCGGGGCCGUGGAGGCGGAGCUCACCCAGGUGGAGACCAUACGGCUGCACGUGCCGCCGCCCAAGAUCCCGUUCCCGAUCUUCGCGCUGCCGCUGGGGGUGAUCUGGCGGCGAUCGUCGUCGUCGUCGUCAAAGAAGAGGAGGUGAAUGAACGCACGCCGACAUCUCCGGACGGACUUGUGUCUCAACCUGCAAGUUCAUCCAUCCAACCUCCUCUGCUUGCUAGCCCUGUACAGACAGACAUCAUUUUUUUUUCUUUUUGCCAUAAAUCUUUCUUCUUCUUCUUUCAUAGCUCAUCAAAUCGAGAGAUAGACACAGCACAUCAAUAGAACAUGCAUCGCCGAGUAGUAUUUAUUUCCUCGUGAAAGAACAUGCCGUUGCUUCCUCUGGAGUUCGUCCAUCCACAACAAAAAAAAAGAGAGAAAAGAAAAGAAACGACGCUCAUGUCAUGUGUGCACGUACAAGUACAAUCCAAUCUAUGAACCGGCAGAAAUUCCAUGGAGAGGCGCUCCCCGUUUCACCAGCUGCGCAACACAAAGAGGAAAAAAAAUGCAGGGAUUCGUCAUGGUACCGUCUCUGUUUCGACAGCCGAAAUGUGUGCCUUGUUUGAUGGGCAGACAGAAUCGACAUGUUCUUCCUUCUGUCAACACCGACUGUAGAUGUACUUUCAAGUUGUACCAUGCGCAAGCGGGAGUUAUGUGUACCGGGCUCUCCUUUUUUUUUUGGAAUCUUCAGUGGAGCAUAUAGCUUGGCAUAUCAAAAAUUAUAGAGUACUAAUUAGCACA